GCAGCACCCAUAUCCCCUCACCACCACUGUGCCAUGGUAAACGAACGGCCGAAGAUGUCCGGCGGGAUGCUACGAUUUGGUGGCGCACCUCGGCCAGAAUUCGCUCGUCCGCCUGGUUCUCAAACGGCAUCUUCGUUGGCUUCGCGCGCGUCCCAGCUCGGAAUUGGUCUUGGAAAGGGAGGGAAAGGCUUCGGUCUGGGUAAAGGCAGGGGCGUCAAGCGGCAUCAUUAAGUGCUCCGUUUCGCGUUCAUCGUAUAGUUCUUCCACUAAUUAAUCUCAUGGAGAUACUGCGGGAUACUAUCCAGGGUGUGACCAAAGGAGACAUUCGAAGACUGGCUCGUCGAGGCGGCGUGAAGCGCAUCUCAGCUACUAUCUACGAUCACGCUCGACAAGCUCUCAAAUCCCGACUGAGCGACAUCUUGCGCAAGGUAGUAGCUGUCGUGGAGCACACUGGCCGCAAGACCGUCUGCAUGACCGAUAUCAUCUUCAUUCUCAAUCGCCAAGGACGCCACCUCUACGGCUUCGAUCCCUCAUUCAUGGGACGUCUUUCAUAAGACGAAGAGCGUACGGGGUCACCACAGACAUCCAAGAAACGAUAUAUCACCGCGUGACUCAGCGUAAGCAGGCCUUUCAUCGACUGGAAGCAGGUUUCAUCCGUUUGAGAAAAGACUUGCUCCACCUGGCGCCGGGUAAUGGUCACCGUCCCCACCUUCAUGAUUGUUUUGGUUCGUUCUGUAGGAGUAGGAGUUGGAUUAUGGCAUGGAUAGGGAGCGGCACAAGAAAAUUACGAGAGCUACAUCUUGAUAUUGGAGGACUUUCGAACGUUCGGAAGAAGACGCUUUGCAGGAACCAGGCGCGCAGAAGGGGCAAAGUUGGAAGGCGUGGGCAUCUGAUGGGUAUGCAAAUAUACGUGCAAAGCUGCACACGGCAAUAUACCGCCUGGAGCAAUC